AUGCAUCCGCGGAGACAACACAUUCAGGACACCGGCUCUAGGAAGCGACCCUGCAAGAACUUCAAGCCGGGAGUCGUAGGGGCGGAAAGACCUGCACCCUGGGGGAAGAUGCUGAUGGACAAAAACGUAUCGUCGUUUCCCAACAUCUCCUCCACGGCCCUGUCCUUGGUAAGAAGAGAGGGCAACUGGACAGGGGCAGGAACUGGUCUCCGGGAGGUGGCUGUUGGCCUGAUACUCACCUUUAUAGACUUGAUCACUCUGUUUGGGAACACGGUGGUUUUUAUCUGCCCCGUGGUGGAGAAGAGGCUGCGCACCGCAACUUACAUGUUUAUUAUGUCCUUAGCCAUGGCAGAUCUCCUUGUUGCUUGUCUGGUCAUGCCGUUUAGCAUAAUUUAUGAGGUGACAGGAAUGUGGCUGUUCGGGAAGCUGUUCUGUAAAGUGUGGAUCUCUUUUGAUGUCAUGUUCUGCACAGCAUCCAUUGUCACAUUGUGCUUUAUCAGUCUGGAUAGAUAUUGCUCUGUGGUGACCCCCUACCAUUAUUCCACAAGGAUGUCACGUGGCAGGUGCAUUGUGAUGACAUGUAUCGUCUGGGUAUACUCAUCCCUCAUUUCCUUCCUUCCUGUCAUGCAAGGCUGGAACGAGAUACCCGGUGUUGAUUUUGAUGCUGGCAAAGAGUGCAUCUUUGUCACCAACUGGACUUUUGCCAUUGUAGCUUCUGCCCUGGCAUUUUUUGUCCCUUUCAUGAUUAUGUGCAGCAUGUAUUUCUUCAUCUAUCGAGCGUCACGACUCAAGGCCACCCGCAUCGUGUCUCAGACCCUCGAAAUUCACUACCAUCCCAACAGCAAGAGGCAGAACAACCUGCAGCUGGAAAACAAAGCCACCCGGACAAUUAGCAUCAUCAUCUCCGUCUUCAUAUUAUGUUGGCUGCCGUAUUUUGUGCUGAAUGUCUGGCUAGCUGCCAAAGGUGCUGAUUCCACAGGCACAGUCCUAGUCGAUGCUUUCAAGAUCAUAACUUGGUUGGGUUAUUGCAAUUCUACUAUCAAUCCCAUGCUCUAUGCCUUUCUGAAUCGGGACUUCCAACGGGCUCUGAAGAAACUGUUCAUCUGCAGGCGCCGGUCUCAGGUGGAUAUCGGAGAAGAUAUGGUUUCAAUAGCCACGUUUUCCAAGACCGCUCAAGAUCCAGAGUACAGUAUUAAAGUGCCAAUGCCUACUGGAGUGCUGAAGAGCAAGCACAAACAAUAACUUGUUCUGGGUUACUUGUUGCAGGAUGUGACCGAUGCAGAGUGUGUGGCAAUUUAUGCAUUUUUUUUGUGGGGGGGAAGGGCAGAGAAUUUAUUCAUUGAUUUUUUUUUUUUUAAGAUUGCGUGCAAAAUUACAAAUUUACUUUUAUUUUGGCUGUGAUUCGGGUGAAAUGCAAGUAACAGUGUGACUACAAAUUGUCCUCUCCUCUCCCUUUGUGCUGUGAACAAAAUUAGUAGUGCUUGCUGAAAGAACAGCAAAGGACCUUGAUCUUGCAGCUGAGUGGCCAUGGCCAAUUUGGUUUGUUUUCCAUUAAAAAUAAUAAUUCUAUAUAAAUAGCAAAAAAAAGUUGCCUGUGGAUGAUUCAUCCUUCACAUUGAAAAAGUAGGCGUGAAAACAUGAAUUGUGCUCACCAAGCUCCAUCUAGCUUGGAUGUACUCUACAGCUGAGUGUGAUAUGUGCUACCUCAUAGCACUUCACUAAUGGCCUGCAAAGGCCAUUCACUUGUCCUUCAAAUGUUUGUGUCAUAAGCUCUACUUUACUUGCACUUUUUCAAGGUGACUGCUCGUGUAUAAAGUUAAUCAUGCACUUUAUAGGUCCUACCCUAUGAAUGAAAUUCACUCUGGUGCAGAGGGAUGGCCCAAGACGCAGCCUCUAGUGACCUCAACAGUGCAUUGGUCUUGUGUUGGCUCUUUACAUCAUGGUAGAUUUCACCUGUCUUCUUCAGAAACACACGUGUAGUAUGGAAAGUUUAUAAGCCCUGCAACUAAGUCUGAGAGACUUAAAAUGAGCAAGUAUAGAAAGGUAGGAGUGGCUUUUAUGCACAUGGAUUGUGUGUUUAGUUUGUAAGAUAGUAUAGUGCUGAUUCCAGGCAGUGAAGAUCUAUGCUUUUACCACAAGGAGUCUCCUCAUGUAAUAUAUAAAAGGAACUUGCUGUGUCCCAGACAUUCAGAAGGCUACCUAACCAACUUGACACAACGGGCUGAAGCAAAUAUGGAAACAUUUGUCACUCCAUAGAACUUGUGAGGCUUGCAGUUGUGUGAGAUGUUCUAAGUGGUUUGCAAUUGGCUAAAUAAGUCUCAAGACACUGGAGAACCUAGUAAGGGACAUUAAGAAUCACUUAUCACUACAAGGCUAUGGAAACCUCGGGUAUGGAGUUCAGCAGCUGCGUAACAGUACAACAUUAACAGUUGCAGGUGGCGAGAGGAGGGAUUUACCAGAGUUGGAAUGUGGCCAGAGAGUGUAUAACAAAAUCUCUCUGCUGAUGAGGGAUGAAGUAUUUUGGGGCUCAGGUGUGGCUGACAGAAACUCCGCCACAGGGGACUUCACCAGGAGCUGAGUAAGGUGUGUGUGUUUGGGGGUGGGUGGCACCUUGGAUGGAAGGGACAGGAGUGUAACCUCCCCCACCCAGCACUCAGCACCGCCUCAAGUACACCACACAGGGCUCCAGCAGCAAUUUAAAGGGCUCAGGGCUCUGGCUGCUGCUGUGGUAGUGGCAGCCUGGAGCCUCAAACCCAUUUAAAUUGCCAGGCACUGGGGCAACUGGCCCCUCUCCUCCCCCUAGUCAGUCUGACUGUGAAACUAGGUAAAACUCUCAAGGCAGGCAACACAUCUGAUCCCAGCACAUCUGAUCCCUCCUGUUUUGACUCUGCUAUAGUCUGGUUCCAGAAUACCCUCAAUCCCACUGCAUUUUUCAAACAAAGCAGCUUCCUGAAGGCAAUCUAGCCACCCACCAUCCAGAACAUUUCCACUGGCUGGAAACCAAAGUUCCCUCUAAGUUUUUCCAUCCACGUGCAGAAUAAGUUUGAUCAUGUGCACCAGUGCAGAUGCAGGUGGGCACCACCAGUAGAAACACUGGCUGCUGGCUGUGGAUGCUCUGCUAAUCAGCUGGUUGGCCACCCAAGCACAAAGCUUACAGGGAAUAUUGCUUUACACCACAAAGAAGGACCUUUCAGGGUACGUCCACACUGCAAUUAAACACAUGCAUUGUCAGCUACUCAGGAUAUGGGGCUGCUUAAUUAUGGUGCAGAUGCUCAACCUGAGCUCUGAGACCUUCCCCACUUGCAGGGUCCCAGAGCAUGGGUUCCAGCCCAAGUCUGAAUGUCUACACCACAAUUUUAGACUCUCCAAGCCCAGCAAGUGCGAGACAGUGACAAUGGCCAGCUGCAAAUGUUUAACUGCGGUGUGGAUACAUCCUUACAGCCUGCUGUUACCAUGGCAUAAAACGGCACAACUUCAGUCAGACGCUGCUGUCACCUGGAUUCAGGUACAGACCUUUGACAUCCAUAUUGUCUGCAGUAUACCAACCUGACUCACUGAGAGUCUAACUAUAGAGGCAUUUUGUGGAAUAGGGCAGGGGUUAAAGAGACGGAAAAGGUCCUUAUCAAGGAGGAAGACUUCAAAAGAUACCAGACAACCCUGUGAGUUACUGGAGUACAGAAAAAAAGCAUCCAAACAAAAAGUAUUUUUAGUAUUAAAAUUACUUCUCGCCUUCCAUAACAAGCCUAAAAGCUUUUUCUUCAAACUUCCCCAAUACACUCAUCUCUCGAUUAAGACCAGUCUUCAGAAAUUUCAGGACAAAGGGAAAUUCUCCUGAAAGUCUCAGUGUCCAUCUCUGUCUCAUGUAGCUCCUUGAUCAGCCGAUAUUUUAGCACAGUUCAAAGUCCCAUCUCAGUCUUAGAAGUUAACAAGAAUCAAACUUGUCACAAUGCAGACUAUAAAAUUAAAUUUGGCACAAAAAAUAAAACAAGUUGGAAGAUGGGCU